CCCACGCUGAAGUGAACGCGCGCAUCUCGCUGUUCUCAUACACCCAGAGACAGCUUGUACUGUACGAACACGGGAAAAUGGCCCAACAUGAUGACCAAACGAUGCACCGAGGGACCUACAUGCAUUCUACACUGCAUCUGAUUUGAGAGGGGUUAGGAAAUGGGGACUUUUCAUUUAUUUGUGUUUGUACUGCUCGGAGUACCUACAAGAUUGGACGUUUCAGUGAAGGCCCAGGCCAGCGAGCGGCGUGUCCUGGCCUACAUUCCCGGUGACAUCAUCAUCGGAGCGCUCUUCUCUGUCCACCAUCAACCUCCGGCCGACAAGGUCCACGAGCGCAAAUGCGGAGCUGUACGAGAGCAGUACGGUAUCCAGCGGGUGGAGGCCAUGAUGCACACCCUGGACCGCAUCAACGACGACCCGCACAUCCUGCCCAACAUCACGCUGGGUUGCGAGAUCAGAGACUCCUGUUGGCAUUCAGCUGUGGCUCUGGAGCAGAGCAUUGAGUUCAUCCGUGAUACCCUGGUGUCGGCAGAGGAGGAGGAGGGAAUGUCCAAGUGCUCCUCUGAAGAUGGAAGUACACCCUUGAAAGGGAAGAAGCCCAUUGUGGGACUCAUCGGACCUGGGUCCAGCUCUGUGGCCAUCCAGGUUCAAAAUCUCCUACAGCUAUUCAACAUUCCUCAGAUUGCAUAUUCAGCUACCAGUAUGGAUCUCAGUGAUAAAUCUUUGUACAAGUACUUCAUGAGGGUGGUGCCCUCCGAUGCCCAGCAGGCCAGAGCUAUGGUGGACAUUGUCAAAAAAUACAACUGGACCUACGUAUCAGCCAUUCACACUGAAGGAAACUAUGGUGAGAGCGGGAUGGAGGCCUUCAAAGACAUGGCUGCCAAGGAGGGCAUCUGCAUCGCCCACUCUGACAAGAUCUACAGCAAUGCCGGAGAGCAGAGUUUUGACAGACUUCUCGAUAAGCUCAGAAGUCACCUGCCCAAAGCUCGAGUGGUGGCCUGCUUCUGCGAGGGCAUGACCGUCCGCGGCAUCCUCAUGGCCAUGAGACGGCGACGCCUAGUCGGGGAGUUCCUGUUGGUUGGCAGUGAUGGAUGGGCAGAUCGCUAUGAUGUCACAGACGGCUUUCAGAGAGAGGCAGCGGGCGGAAUCACAAUCAAGCUACAGUCUGCGUACGUCACAUGGUUUGACGACUACUAUUUGAACCUGCAGCCAGAUACCAACUACCGGAACCCCUGGUUCCCUGAAUUCUGGCAGCAUCGAUUUCAAUGUCGACUAAAGGGGCAUCCGCAAGAGAGCACCAAAUAUAACAAGACCUGCACCAAAAAAGAGUUGCUGCGACACCAGUACGCUCAGGACACAAAGAUGGGCUUUGUGAUCAACGCCAUCUACUCCAUGGCUUACGGUCUUCACGCCAUGCAGAAAUCACUGUGUCCCGGCUACGUGGGUCUUUGUGACGCCAUGCGGCCGAUUGAUGGAGGUAAACUCUUAGAAUUCCUCAUGAGGACAAACUUCACCGGAGUUUCGGGGGAAGUGGUGCUGUUUGAUGAGAACGGAGACUCUCCUGGGAGAUAUGAGAUCAUGAACUUUAAGCAAAUGAGUGAGGAAGACUAUAGCUACAUCCACGUGGGCAGCUGGGACAACAGCGGGCUGAAGAUGGAUGAUGAGGAGAUUUGGGCCAAUAGAAGUGCCAUCAUCAGAUCAGUGUGCAGCGAUCCUUGUGAGAAAGCUCAGAUUAAGGUGAUCCGAAAGGGUGAGGUGAGCUGCUGCUGGACAUGCACUCCCUGUAAAGAGAACGAGUUUGUGUUUGACGAAUACACCUGUCGUGCAUGCGAGCUCGGAUCGUGGCCUACCGACGACCUGACAGGGUGUGAACCCAUCCCAGUGCAGUAUCUUCUGUGGGGGGAUCCAGAGCCCAUUGCCGCUGUGGUCUUUGCCUGCCUCGGCCUUCUUGCCACCAUCUUCGUCACCUUAGUUUUCAUCAGGUUCCACGACACUCCGGUGGUGAAGUCCUCCAGCAGGGAGCUGUGCUUCAUCAUCCUGGCUGGCAUCUGCAUUGGGUACCUGUGUACGUUUUGCCUGAUUGCCAAGCCACACGUGGUCUACUGUUACCUGCAGAGGCUGGGCAUCGGACUCUCACCCGCCAUGAGCUACUCCGCCCUGGUCACCAAGACCAACCGCAUCGCUCGCAUCCUCGCGGGCAGCAAGAAGAAGAUCUGCACCAAGAAGCCCCGCUUCAUGAGCGCUUGCGCCCAGCUGGUCAUUGCCUUCAUCCUCAUUUUCAUUCAGCUGGGCAUCAUUGUGGCUCUCUUCAUCAUGGAACCACCUCAAGUCAUCUACGACUACCCGUCCAUAAAGGAGGUGCACCUCAUCUGCAAUACCACCACGCUCGGGGUGGUGGCGCCGUUGGGUUACAACGGCCUGCUCAUCCUCAGCUGCACCUUCUACGCCUUUAAGACCCGAAACGUCCCCGCCAAUUUCAACGAGGCCAAAUACAUCGCGUUCACCAUGUACACCACCUGCAUUAUCUGGCUGGCUUUCGUGCCAAUUUAUUUCGGCUCGAACUACAAGAUAAUCACCAUGUGUUUCUCUGUGAGCCUCAGCGCCACCACAGCGCUUUGCUGCAUGUUCGUACCCAAGGUUUACAUAAUGCUGGCUAAACCUGAGAGGAACGUGCGCAGCGCGUUUACCACGUCGACAGUUGUGAGGAUGCACGUGGGUGACGGGAAAGCUGCCUCGGCGGCUAGCCGCUCCAGCAGCAUGGCUAACUUGUUUAGGCGGCGAACGUCUGGCUCAGAGACUGUCAGUUCGAAUGGCAAAACUGUGACCUGGGCACAGAACGAAAGAGGCUACCGGCCGAACUUGUGGAAACGGAUCUCCAUUCACAUUAAGAAGAAGGAAGAAACCAACCAGACGGCCAUUAUUAAACCCUUCUCCAAAGGCUGCGACCGACCUCCAGACUCCGGGUUGAAGCUGGUAUAUGAGGGACCUCAAAAAAACCAACGCUACCCUGUAACCUACCGCCCCGGUGCACCUUCUCCUCUCCCGACCGUGUGCCAGCCUACGCAGAGGCGCGUGGAGGAAGACCGCGAUGAAGAACGUGCGCCGAUCGUGCACGUACCCUCCUACCUGACAGAGCGCCUGCAUCACGGCGGCCCGCCCCAGACUUCUAUCAUGGAUCAGAUAAGCUGCGUCGUCAGUCGGUUCACAGCCAACAUAAGCGAGCUAAACAGCAUGAUGCUGCCCGGUUCGCCACCUGGGUCGGCGGUAAACUCCGCCCCGCCAGUCCCCAGACCCUGUUCACCCUCCUACAGGCUUCACCCACAGGAAAGGUCGCACCCCACCACCGUCACCACCUACGCUGAUGUAGUGGCUUCAGCGAACACCAGCCAUCGGUCCGCGGUGGGCAUCGCCGGGGGCAUUAUAGCCGGUGGCAGCAGCAGGGCAUCACCCGCCAGUCUUUACGACAGCACUUACGACUCCUCGUGUGCGGUGAGGAACACCGAUCUGGACGACCUGGGCACUCUGACACCCCCUUCCCCAUUCAGAGACUCCUCAGUGGACUCGAUUAGCGAGUCUCCUACAUCUCCGGCUUCAGAGAUGCCGCUGUGCGAGCCCUGCUCCCCGAUAUACGACCAGCUGGUGCUUAGGCAUUACAGCCAAAGCUCUUCUUCUCUCUGAGAGAUGAAGGAAGCAGACAGCCAAGAGGCAGCUACUUAAAGCAUGCAUCUGCUUAGAUUGCAUAACUGAACUGUAAAUGUCAAGAAAUGUACGCUAUCAAUGUAGAACUCAACAAGGACAUUUUGUGGUGCUUGGAAUCCGGCCCGUCCUCAAAAUAAGGAUAGUGAGAGAUCUGACACGCCACUAAACUGCUUUUCAGAUUAUUAAGGAUGUGCUGGAUAUGCUUUCGGGUUAAGAGCACGCUGAGGACCUCAAGGACAAGUUUACAGUCACUCUUGAUGUUUAUCAGUCUGCGGACUGAAAGCGUUAACAUUCCUAUGACGUCAGUCCACACAGGUGUGUAAAAUAACAUCAGUGUGCACCAGGUGAUGUAAAGUUUGUUUUACAUUUGAAUCUAGCCUGUCAGCAAGUAAACACCUUGCACAGUUGUUCACAUGCUAAGUGUGUUUGAAUGUAGGACCAAACAGACAGUAUAGUCUUUAGUUUAAAUAUAUAGUUUUAAUAUUGCUCAUUUUCUUCAUUACAUUAGGUCAGAGGUUGCAUGUUGUGCCACUUUCAUAUCUCAUGAAAAUAAAUAUAUAUUUUUCUUAGCAAAUCAGAUAAAAUGGAUAUAAGGGCAAGUUUAUUUAUAUACAUAGGACAAGAUUGUCACUUUAGACAAUGUGUCUUUCAAGAACAAUAUUUAUCAGACGGACAGUGUCUAAUCUUGUACCCAUCGAACACAGAACGUUCCCAGAAUGUUGGUUUUUGGUUCCCAAAAGUUGGAAAUAAAACUUUUUUUUGUUAACAACAUAAACAAACGUUACUGCGCAUGCACACUUUUGUAACCCCACACUGUAAACCCGGAUAAGUUGGCAAUACUCAAAUAUUUUUGAGUUUUAGAGAUUCUUGGUUUAAGUAAGCAGAACCUUCAAAUUUUGAUUACUGUUAAGUUAAAGUUCGUAAGAAAUCUUAGUUAGUGCGACUUAAAUAUUUAAUUUAUUCUUUUUGUGAAAUUAAGUAGACAGAACUUAAACAAAUAAGUACCAAAAUUGCAUUUUUAAGUUAACUAAACUAAAUUCUUUCGGUUUCAUUAUUUUGCAUAUUCCUUAGUCUUAAUAUGCAUAAAUCAAACACCUUGACUUAUGCAAUCCAAAAUGAGCAAGAAGAGACUGAUCUCAGAACUGGCAUUAGCACAGUUACUGCUCACUGAUAACAUAACACAUGUUACAGGUGAAAUGUAGCUUCGCAGAGACUAGGCACAUGUACCACUCUUCUAAACAAUGGUAACCACAAAAAAAAAUAUGUCAAACUCUUCUAAAUAUCCAAGAGAAGUGAACAUUAAACACUAACAAGUCUUUAACUUUACUAAAACAUAUAAAAUAAUCAUAUUUUUUUUAAAUUUACUCUCCUAAUGCAGUCUGACGCAAAGCAUGCUGGGAAUUGGAAAUCCUUCUUGACCAAUUGUUGAAUUAACAUGUUUAAAUUAAGUAAGGAGCAAAUAAUUUUUUUGAGUUUUAUUCAAGUUAAUCAAAAAUAAUCAUUAUACUUUACUCAAAAGUAAAAAAGUGUUUCACGAACUUAAAAUAUUUUUUAUAAAAUUAAGUUUACAUUACUUAAUGUGUUUGAUUAUUUUGAACAUUUGGGUUUACAGUGCAACUUAACUUCCGGUACACAUUCACAAACAAUAGUGCCUGUAGAUUAUUUCUGAUAACAAUCAAAAGAAACCCAGAACCGUUACUUGACUAAACUUGUCUCUCCAUUAUUUUGAAUUUAGACUCCGAUACCAAGCUCAAACGCUAGAUGUCAACGUACCAUACGGUUUGUUUAAAAAUGCGUCAAAACUGAAGGACCCAUUCAACAAAUUGUUUAUUUUAAAAAGUGAACAUACAACACUAUUCAACAGAUCGUUUAUUUAAUACAUUUAAUACAAUUAUUAUGCAAUAAAAUAAUAAUAUAAAUUAAUAUUAACAUAAAUUAAAUAAAAUAGUUAUAUUAUUAGACACUAGCCAAACACAAACCGGAAGUUAAUUGGGGUCAGGCACGGGCACUCACUUAAUCCUUGGUGUUUCGAGUCAGAUCCGUGGGCGUGGCUUGUUGGUUUUGACUAAAUCUUUGGUGUUUCAAGUCUUACGAAACCUUUACCCUAACCCUAACCUUACUGUAACCAUCUAAACUACCUAUGAUUGUUAAAAUUGACGAAAAAACACGUUUGGGUGAUCACGUCUGACUCGAAACAACAAGGAUUUAGUGAGUGCCGUCAGGCACGCGCGCUUCCGGUGACCCGGUCUAUACCGAUAGGGUAUAGUCUCAGCCUCAGACGUCACCCCUACUUGACAGGCCGUUGGCUAAACGUCUUAUGACGUUUUUCUAGGUUUUCUAGAUUCUAGGUUUUCAAUAUAAGUGGGGCUCAGCCUCCAAUGAGGAUAUAUAUAUAUAUAUAUAUAUAUAUAUAUAUAGGCUAUAGCCACACUAUCAGCACCACAUACUGUAUACAUUACUAAAAUAAAUAAUUAAGAAAGAAUAGGCCUAUGCAGAAAAGCAUAAAGACAAGUUAGUUAUUCAAAUGAAUAUCACAUUAAUCUGUCAAUCUGCAACAUUUAUAAUUCAAAGUGACAACAACAGCCACAAAUCCAUAUAAUAAAUGUCACAAAUUCAAUCAACUGCUGAAUCAUUAUUUAGUAGGAAUAACUUGAUAUGUUUCCCUGCCAUUCGUUCUGAUUAGCACGAGCGCUGUCACUCCUGUGCAUGACUGCGUGUUCAUCUAUUACAUCCACAAUGUUUUAAAUUAAUAAUAAAAUACUGAAGCGUCUGAAAAACGACAAAGAGCUUCUAGGUACACUUUUGUUUCCUCGGAACUCAGAACAAUGAAUAACACAGCCGCACCAGGCUGAACUACAGUAACGUAACUCUAUCUGCCCGUCGACGUCUUUCAGGGGCUGUCAAAACUACCGUCAACUCUCUAUAACUAAUGGCUGGAAUACACUACAAGACUUUUAAAAUCUGAACAGAUUUUUAAAAACUAGGCAUCAUACACUUGCCGACUUUGUAAACGGUUUUAGGUGCAGAAAAAUCAAACAGCACAUCAUCAUGACUGACACAUUUCUGUGCGCUACAAUAUCAUCAUGAUCGUUUUGCUAAAGUAUGCCGUCAUUGGUGUGAAGUGAUGUUUUAAUUUUGCUGGAGGUAACGUAAACAACUAACGUUAGUUAAGGAGGGGUGAACGCAGGACAAAACCUGUUUACAGUGGAUGGGAAAGGGUCUUGUAUUGCUCCCGAAUCAUAAGCUGGAUUUAUAACAAAGAAUGUCAAAAAUGCAGAUGUCAUGUUAAUACACACACCUUGUAACGUUACUCUGCUUAUGACGUUCACUCCAAUGUGCUGAACUGAAGAAUGCGCCAAAUAACGCAGCCUAACGCCGUUUUCAUAAUAAGAGUUUUAAAGGGGACUAUAAAGCGAUCUCGAAUUCUUGUACAGAUUACAUUAUUACUCGCAAUAUUUUAGGGAGGCUAAGCUAGAACUUUAGGGGGGCUUUAGCUCCCCUAAAAAGGGCCUAGCAACGCCACUGCUGGAAACACUUCAGCAUGUUCGAAGUCGUCAUCUGAUUGGUUGAAUUUCACAGGAUUUCUGAGAGACAUGCGUGUCGCGUUCUUUAACAGUCCCCCUGGAAACAACAAAGCCUUCUGAUCUAAGAAGUAAUUUGUCGUGUUUACAGCGGUUGCUAUAAGAAUUCACCAUGAUCGACUAAAUGCUCAAUUCUUAAAAGUAUGCGAGGUUCAUGGCAUAAACUUAUAAUCAUUGUUGUUUCUGUUAACUUUUGACACGUUCGUGAAUGUACAUCGGGUCUGUUACUGCGGGGACUUUUCCACGCCUCUAAACAUGACGCGGCACAAAACGAAAUGUGAUUGGUUGCUUUACCUGUCAGUCAUAUGGCCUCUUGGGCGGGCCUUGGCCAAAGAAAGCGGCGAUAAGUUCCAGACUCACUAUCGAUAGGGUAACGUUCUGGGAACCAGAAACUAAUGUUCUAUUUCUGUAAGGAAAACUUUCCUGGAUAACAAAAACACACCUUAAAAAAUAACGUUCUGGAAACUAGAAACCAACGUUCUCGGAACCAAAAAUUGUUAGCUGGUACGGACUGUCCCAGCAUUACUUUAAUAUAGUAUUUGGUUAAGACUCACUCUAAUCUGACAUAUAAAGAGAAAACAAAAUAAAUGCCUCCUGCAGACUACAGUAAACAAGAAAAGAAUUUUAAAAUAUUUUUAAAGCAAUAUAUAUACAUGCGUGGCAUAAGAAGUUAACAAAAUUAUUUAAAGGGAUAGUUCACCCAAAAAUGAAAGUAAAUGAUUCCAUCAUCAUUCACUCACCCUCUUGUCAUUUCAAACCUCUAUGAGUUUCUUUCUGCUGCAGAACACAAAAGAAGAUAUUUUGAAGAAUGUUCAAACAAUGGCGAUACCCAUUCACUUCUAUUGUAUGGACACAAAAACAAUGCAAGUCAAUAGUACUGCUGUUGUUUGGACAGAAUUUUCAUUUUGGGGGGAACUAUCCCUUUAAUUUGCAAAUCAUUCCCUUGUUUUAAACCAUUUAGACAUGAGCCAAAAACCUAAUAAUUCCUGUCAGCUUUACACUGUGGACAUAAUUAAUGAUUCUUAUACACCGGGCAUUACAGUUUUGACUCUCUUGGCUGAUUUAACCUGAAAUUUUCCCAUUAAAGAUAAGAUUUUGUAUUUAAGUUUAGGCGCUCAGACUUAUUAGAAGCGCACCUUAACUCCCAACAAACAUUUUUUCUUUAAAUCAAUGUGCAAUAUUCUUGAAUAGGUGUACUGUAAGGUCUCGCGUUUGCAUGCAGAACAGUGCCAUUAGCUGAAUUAAGUGCUCAAUGUUCUUUGGAGAACUUUUGUACAUUUUCUAAAAGUCUUUUGCAUUUCUCGCUCUUUUGCCUUUUCUGAAAGAAGUUCAUAGAAUGUAGAUUUCGGCCAUGUGUGUUAUGUAUUUUUCUACUAACCAUUUGUGCUGAUUCGAUAUGAUGGUUAUAGUGGAUUAAGCUUUGUGAAAUUGGGAAGAAUGUAGCUUGCAAUAUUUCUGUUAGUUUGGGCUUUAAUUUAUGGUGUGAUAAGUCUUUUUUUAAUUUCUCAGAAGUGUGUAAAAUAUCAGUUUUACCUGAGUGUUAUUAAAAGGGAAUUCAA